AUGACUGACAAUGUUACUUAUUCCGUAAUAAAGUCUCCUGCUGAACCCCAAGCUCAGAAGGACGACCGACGGCAGCAAAAAGCUUCUUCUUCGAGAUCCCCUCGCUCUUACCAUGUGGCGAUAGCUUUGGGGCUUCUGUCCAUCAUUCUAGCGAGUAUGCUGCUAUUGCAGUGGAUUCUGUACCAGGGCUCCAAGUUCUCCACUUAUGCUGGCUGUCCUCACUGCCCAGACUUCUGGAUGGGGUAUGGUGACCACUGUUAUUACUUUUCAGUGGAAAAAAGGAGCUGGAAUUCUAGCCUGGAAUUCUGUUUAGCCAAAGACGCGUAUCUCCUUAUGUGUAAAGACCAAAAGGAAAUGAUCCAGCUCCAAAAUUUCCUCAGUCAGGAAUAUUACUGGAUUGGUCUGAGAGACAGUUCUGGCUGGAGGUGGGAAGAUGGAUCAGCCUUAAACACCUCAAGGAUUGCUUCAAACAGCUUGGUACAGAAGUGUGGUACCAUUGGCAAAGGUGGUCUCCAAGCCUCUAGCUGUGAAGUUCAACUUCCGUGGGUCUGUAAGAAGGUCAGACGUUGA